CAUGCUGUUUAUCCGAAGCCAAGAGUGGGCUGGACAGCAGUGGCUAAGAAAAGAAACCCAGCAAGAAGAACAGGAGAGGCAAGCAACGUUGCCCACAGCCAAAACAAGACAGCACAGAAGAGACUCCAAGGACUUUAGAGAAGACAGAACAAUAAAUUACAAAAGGGUACCCAAUUCUAAGAAAGACUAUUUCUGAGGCAUCCAAUGCAGGAGAUCAGAAAGCAGGAAUGAAUCAUGCUGGGAGCCAUUCCUCGAAGAACCACAGCUCAGAAAGCAAACAGCAUUACAAAACACCAGCUCUCUCUGAGCUGCAGAGGCUGGUGUGGAAUAGAGGAGGAUCGGACAAUCAUGUGGACCAAGUGUGGCCAAACCUCUACCUUGGAGAUGCAUGGGCAGCUAGAAGUAAAACAAUCCUUCAGAGCCUUGGCAUCACCCACAUCCUUAAUGCAGCAGACGGACCAUACAACAUCAACACUGGAGCUCGCUAUUACAGAGACCUGCCCAUCGAGUAUUAUGGGGUACAAGCCUUCGAUGACAAUGCAUUCGAUAUAAGCAUCUUCUUCCAUGAUGCUGCUAACUUCAUGCGCAAAGCCUUAAACAGUGAAGGAGGAAAAGUAUUUGUCCAUUGUGCUAUGGGGUUAAGCCGCUCAGCCACUUUAGUGCUGGCUUAUUUGAUGAUCCAUGAAAACCUGACGCUUGUGGAGGCCUUAAAAUCAGUGGAUUCACACAGAGGUAUUUGCCCAAACACAGGCUUCCUCAGCCAGCUCCGAGACCUGGACAUCAAAUUAAAUAAUGAAAGGAAAACUAUCUAAGCGCUUGAGGCAAAAGGUAGUGAAAUUGCAUUGGAAGGACCACAGAUACUUCAUUAUGAAACCAUAAUUCAAGCAGCACAACCCUUGUUUACUCAGAUCCUUCUAUAUUAGGGGUGUUCAAGCUUAUGUUUUUUUUUACAACAAAGUCCCAGAAUUUCCCAGGCAGUAUGGCCACUGGGACACCUUUGUUCUGUAUGCAAUAAAGAUAUGAGUUUCAUAUUUGUUUCUCAGGGGAGAUGAAUAUGAAGCUUGCCGGCACAAGUGGCUGGCACGAUCAGGGCCUCUCCCUUCAAACUGGGCAUCCACUUAUGACUC